GCGCGAUCUGCACCAGUCUCCUGCCAUCUCAGCCACCGCGAUGCCUGCCUACCGCGCCAACCGACAUGGCUUGCCUUCGAUCACCCUCGAGAACGCAGCAUCGCGAUCGAGAGCGGCGAGCUCCCGGGCCACGAGCCCAUCAAGCACUGGGAGGAUCCCAACAAGAUGAACGUCAAGGUCAACGUCUUUGGCUGGUCCGCUCCCUUUCCCAUCGCGUCCGGAGGCAGACUGACAGGUGCCGAGGCGAUAGGCAGGGCCAGCACGCGCUCAUCCGGCUGCACCUCCCGAAGGACGACGACUUCCAGGCCGCGCGCCUCGCCGCCCUCUAUAUGAUCUUCGACUUCAAGCACACCAAGCCGUGGUUGUGCGAGUUCUGCGGUGCGCCAUUCUAUGCAUCAUGCGAAGCCGAUGACCAUGUGUGAUCCGCCACAGGCGAGCCGUCGCGCGAGACGCACAUGCAGUUCGUCCCAUACAGCUCCUACUGUGACGUCUGCCGCCUGCCCGUCUUCGCCCGCCCCGCUCCAGAUCCACCACGUCUGCGACAUGGACAAGCCCGCGUGCCGCGCCGCCCUCUCCACGCCGCCCACGACCGCCUCAACCGCGAGCACGGCUUCCUCAUGGGCCCUCACGCGCCCCACCUCGACAAGCCUCCCGCCGAGGUCUACCCCCUCGCCGCCAGCUGCGCCGCCUGCAAGACCGACGCCAGCGCGCAAGACGACAUGAAGCGCUGCAGCGCGUGCAGGAUGACCAGGUGCGUCUUUCUUUCCCGGGCUCCGGCUCGCCGACUGCCCUCGUUCUCUCUGCUUCCCCGACCCGUGCGAGGGGGCGCUAGGGAUCGGACGUGCGGGACGCAACGCAGCAGCUGACGGCCGUGCGACGGCGUGCGCAGGUACUGCAGGUGAGCGUGCUCGCAUCACUCUCACUCGCACUCGCAAGUACUCGGCGUAGACACAGGGCCCUGACGCGUCGCUCGCGCCCCGCAGCCACAACUGCCAGCGCGAAGACUGGCCGCGCCACAGGACCGCGUGCAAGUGCGUCCAGUCCGUGCUCUUCGAGGCCUUCCCCGCCUGACUCGCCGCGCCCGCUGUACCCUCCAUGGGUCGCAUGCAACGAGGA